GAAUAUUCUCGCACAGAGAUGACGCCCCUGUAAAGACAAAGGAAGAAGCAGUAAUUUCAGCAACCGAGCCAAAACCAGGAUGAUCUCUAAAGAUUUCGUUUCCCACGAAGACCACAACAAGUCCAUAAAUACCCUCUGGCUCCCGGCACGAGCUUGUCAAAACCAAGACCAAGCCCGGCCAAAACAGACCAAACCAUAAAACUUCUCUCAAACUCUCUCUGGCUGUUUGUUUACUUCUCGAUCUUUCUCGGAGAUGGCCAGGAAGUUCUUCGUCGGCGGCAACUGGAAAUGCAAUGGAACCUCUGAAGAAGUGAAGAAGAUUGUCUCAACUCUGAAUGCAGCUGAAGUGCCCCCUGAAGACACAGUGGAGGUUGUGGUAAGCCCUCCUUUUGUGUUUCUUGCGGUGGUAAAAAGUAUGUUGAGGCCCGAUUUUCAGGUUGCAGCACAAAAUUGUUGGGUUAAGAAAGGUGGUGCUUUUACUGGCGAGAUUAGUGCAGAGAUGCUUGUUGAUUUAAAUAUUCCAUGGGUCAUUCUUGGUCAUUCUGAAAGAAGGUCUUUGUUAAAUGAAUCAAAUGAGCUUGUUGGAGACAAGGUUGCAUAUGCACUUUCUAAAGGUUUAAAGGUGAUAGCUUGUAUUGGUGAGACUCUUGAGCAGCGGGAAUCAGGAUCUACCAUGGAUGUUGUUGCUGCACAAACUAAAGCAAUCGCAGACCGAGUGUCAGAUUGGACUCGUGUAGUUUUAGCCUAUGAGCCUGUGUGGGCUAUUGGGACAGGGAAGGUUGCAACUCCUGCUCAGGCUCAGGAAGUACAUUCAGAACUGAGGAAGUGGCUUCACACAAACACUAGUACUCAUGUUGCUGAAACAACUCGGAUUAUCUACGGAGGCUCUGUGAAUGGAGGGAACUGUAAGGAAUUGGCAGGGCAGCCUGAUGUAGAUGGGUUUUUGGUUGGUGGAGCUUCUCUGAAGGUACUUGUGAUGCUGUUGGCUUAUGGUUUUGUUUUCUGUUAUCAUGGUUCAACAGUCCAGAACCUGAUGGCCCCCUCCAACCCGCAUUUUUCUCUCUUUUACAGCCAGAGUUUAUUGACAUUAUCAAGUCGGCCACAGUGAAGAAAAGUGCCUAAUUAAGCUCGGUCAGCGGCAGGUAUUAUUAUUGUUAUUAUGGGUUGGUGAGAUUUUUCUAUUGCUUCUGUGCGGGAGGUACGGAACCAACUAAUCGGCUUCCUCGAACAUGCUAUUUUAAGGGAUCAAGGCCAACAACUUGUUUUAUUUUUGUGUGGGAAAUAAAUAUGAUGAGCUACUCCUGUCUUUCUUUA